AAAAUAUUAAUUUCAAGACAUACACAAACAAGAACAUAAAAGAUGCUACUUGGGCAACCGGACCUCCAAAUGAAUGCAAACGGGACCCUCCAAAAUUCGGAUCCGCGUUGCUCUGCGUCUUCCUCCCCUGCUGUCCGCGAGUUUCUGCUGUGUGGGGUGGCGAAAUUCUCUGAUUUUUUUGAUUUCCCCCUGAAUUUUCUGCACUUCCCGCCGGUCUCCCCAAGCCACAGCUCCGGUUUUUGCUGGAUUUAUGGUUUUGAUCGUUCUGUCAUCGUAGCACUUGGGUUAAGACUUCUGUUCUGUGCAAGUGAGGAAGCGAAACCGAGGGCGAGGAAAAAUGAGGGGAGUGACGAGUUAGAAGGCUAGUCAUUCUAUAAAAUGAACAUAUAUUGUAAAUAUGGAUCAUGAUCUUGUAAGACUAGAUUUGACAUGGAGAUUUGAGUUUAGGUCAUGUGGGACAUAGAAUCAAUUUUGAAAUAUCGG